AUUUUUUUUCUUCCUCCUAAUUCUACGAAUCGGAUACGGCUUGGGCGGAUGUAGUGAGCAUUAAAGCAUAGGAUGUUGCAUACUUUAACUUUGCCUUUUGCUUAAAGAAAGAAAAAAAAUAUGUACGGGAGAUUAGCAGAUGUCAAUAUAUUAAUAUGUAGAUAGCUCGAAACCUAUUAUUUUAUUUUAGCUCUAUUUGUUUUUGUUAUAUUAGCACGUAAUUCAUCAGGAUUGAAUGACAUUUCUUAAAUUUUAAAAUAUUUCUGCUAUCUGUGUUUCGACAAAAUUUUAAUACUGAUUUUAUAAACAUGUGGAAGUGUCAUAAAUGUGGAAAACCAGUCUUCUUUGCUGAGCGUAAGACUUCUUUAGGAUACGAGUGGCAUCCAGAAUGUUUGAGAUGUGAAGAAUGUGGUAAAAGAUUAAACCCUGGUCAACAUGCUGAGCAUAAAGGUGUUCCUUAUUGUCAUGUGCCUUGCUACAGUGUAUUAUUUGGUCCUACUUUGUAUGGCCAUGGCUCUCAAGUUGAAGCUCAUACUAGUUUUGGCAAAAAUGUCAAUCGAGAAGGCACUCCUGUGCCUAGAUCUCAUUUAGAAGCUAAACUACGUCUAUAUAACAAUUACUUUGAAGGUAAAGCUGGAAUUGUUCAGAGUCGUGAGAGAAAUGGACGUUUAAUUUUAGAAGGUUCUUUGAGAAUAUUUUGGGGUGUCAGUAAUGUGAUUCAUUUGAAGGAAGACAAUGAUGACAGGAUGCCUGUUAGAAGAAGAAAAAGUUGCUUGCCUCAUUUUGCUCCUGAAUCAACUCCUACAUCUCAGAAUGAUAAUAACAAUGAGAAGCCAUUGACAAAUGAAGAGAAAGCUGCUCUUGUAGAAAAGGAUCCUAAUCUGCUAAACUCUUUGCUUUCUUUGCCAAUGAGUGAUGCUGUGCCUUUGUCAGAUAUUAAUUUAGACGUUAAAAAUAUUGACAAGGAAGGUUCUGAAGAAAAUAGCACAACACCUACGCAUUAUAAAACACUACCUGCUGGUGGCCUUAGACGAAAUUCAAAGUCUGAUAACACACAUCCUUUGUCCAGUGAAAAUCCUGUGAAAGAUAAAUGUAAUAAUGUUGUACAGCUACGACGAAGACCUCGAGUUCAGAAAUCGAAAUUAAAGAGACGAUGUUCGAUAAAUGGACAUUUUUAUAAUAGAGAGACUAGUGUUUUUACUCCUGCAUAUGCAAGCAUAACCAGUGUUUGGGUUACCAGUUUAGUAACUGCUCCAGAAGUGAUAAAUAUGCUUUUAGACAAGUUUAAAGUGGUUAAUAACCCAGAAGAUUUUGCUUUGUAUGUUGUUAGAGAUACUGGAGAGCGUCGAUGCAUUCAAGAUCACGAAUAUCCUUUAUUAGUCAGAGUAAUGCUGGGACCAAGUGAAGAUGUUGCUAAAGUUUUUAUAAUGAAUAAAUAUUUAGCCAAAGAAAUUACAUGUGAGGUUGCACAGUAUUUGAAGUUCUCUGAUACAGAACUCAAAAUGUUCCUGCAUAAAUUUAACGAAGAGGAAAAUAAAGAAAUAGAAAAAAUAGUCAAGAGGUACAAAGAUAAAAAGGCCAGGAUCCAAGCUCGUAUGGAUGAACUGAAAGAGAUUCAACAAACGGGUCUUUGAAUUUGAUGAGCUUAAAAAUGUGCCUUUUACACAGUGAUUCUGCAUUUGUUAGAAUUUCAAGUGCAGCUUUUGUACAUAUUUUUGUUUUAACAAUGCAGCUCUUGUAAGAAUUGAAGUAUCUUAUUUUUUGUUUUAAAUUUAUUGUCCUCAACUGUGUUUCUUUUUCUUUUUUUAAGUGAUAUUUACAGCCAUAAGCUGUUUUUAUAUAUUAGAGAAUCUCUCUGAUAGUGUGUAAAUUUGACUAAGUGCUUUGCGUCCUGAUAAAUUGUUUCUCAGUCAUAUAUGUUUAUUCCAGGAAUUUAUUAUAUGAAAACAUGCACUGUUGUAUUUAAAAUGUAUUGCAUUUAAAAAGUAAUUAAUAAAACACAUGAUAAUUUUUAUAUAAACCAUGUAUUUUGUAUUACUAUAUUCUGUCCUUUCAACUAACUCUCAUUUCAAUUGACUUCAUAAAACAAAUUAUUGUACUUAAACUUGAGACAUUUAAAUUAGAUUUCAUUUGUAUUCAAAAUUUUUCUCUGAUAAUUGAAAAAUUUGUCAGUAGUCUUAGGUAUAGUAUUUUAAUCUGAAUGUUCCUUUUAUAUUAUCAUUAUAGUUUAUAUAAUAUUAGUUUCAUUACUAACAGCUUUAUUUCAGAAAGGCCCUCGGGGCUUGAUUUUUGUUUUCUUUUAGAUUUGAAAAUUUUCAUUAUAUUUAUUUUCUUCACAUUUUGUUUUUUAUAAUGUACUCUGACCAAAGGUUGCAUAUUUAAUAACUUGAUUAAAACUUUUAUUUUUGACAACUAAUAUAAAAUAAUUUAUUUUUAAUCAAUAAUUAAAGACAUUUUUAUUAUUUAACUAUUAUAUAUUU